AGGUCAACUUUUCCCGAGGUCCGCCAUGUCAGUCCCGAAAGCUUCUUGUUGCCCAAUAGUUUAGCAGUGUUAUAACUUCAAGCUGUAGAUAACUGAGUUAUUUUAUUYUUAAUUGUGUUUGUGUAGCAGUGCGUUGAACGUGUUUACGUAACCUUUGGAAUAAGGAAAAAUAAAAAAAAGUCCUGGAAUUGUUGCGUUCACUUCCGAGCGGGAGAGUCGGUAAAACAAAGUUUUGCAUGAGUUGUGGGUUAAAGGGAGAGGUGGUGGAAGAGAGGGCCUCGAGCCUCGGACUCGCCGGGAUUCAGCAGCACCGUCAUGGCCGGUAAUUUCGACUCCGACAACCGAACCAGCUGGUACUGGGGCCGACUGAGCCGCCAGGACGCGGUCGCCCUCCUCCAGGGACAGAGGCACGGAGUCUUCCUGGUGCGGGACUCGAUCACCAGCCCCGGGGACUACGUGCUGUCGGUGUCGGAGAACUCCAGAGUUUCCCACUACAUUAUUAACAGCAUCAGCAACAACAGGCAGUCCAGCACAGGUUUGGUUCCUCCCCGGUUUCAGAUCGGGGAUCAGGAGUUCGAUGCCUUGCCGUCCCUCCUGGAGUUCUACAAGAUCCACUACCUGGACACCACCACCCUCAUAGAACCCGUAAACAGGGCUAGAAACGCGGGGUCCAACGGCUCCGCCCCCUCCGGCGCUCCCCAGCAGCAGGCGGAGGAGGCCGAGUUCGUCCGUGCGCUCUUCGACUUCCCCGGCAACGACGAGGAGGACCUCCCCUUCCGUGCGGGGGACGUGCUGCGGGUUCUGGAGAAGCCCGAGGACCAGUGGUGGAGCGCCUCCAACCAGGAGGGCCGAGUCGGGAUGAUCCCCGUGCCCUACGUUGAAAAGUACCGGCCCGCCUCACCCACCUCUCCGGGUCCUCUGGCUGCGGGGGUCGGGGGGUUAGGUGGCGGUGGAGACGGGACGGGAAGCCCUCAGGCCAAUCCUCUGGGGGACCCGGGUCCAUACGCUCAACCCGUGGUCAACACUCAGCUCCCGAACCUGCAGAACGGACCGGUUUACGCACGGGCCGUUCAGAAGAGGGUCCCCAACGCCUAUGACAAGACGGCUCUGGCUCUGGAGGUGGGCGACAUGGUGAARGUGACCAAGAUCAAUGUGAACGGUCAGUGGGAGGGCGAGUGCAAAGGGAAACGAGGCCACUUCCCCUUCACCCACGUUCGGCUGCUGGAGCAGCCCCAACUCGACGACGAAAGCUGAGAGAAACGAGUUUUUACCUGCCGAGUUGUCAGGAUGUCUAAAAGCACACAGCUGAACUGUUCGGGCUCCAGCGGUCCAACCAGAACCAGCUCAGCUGGAUGGUCUUUAUUUUGAUGGACGUUACUCGUGUUAAGAGUUUACACUGAGGUCAAACUGAGGUUUGUCUAUAUUAGCUUUUCUUUUCUUUACUCAAUUAUCACUGUUUAAAGCCAGCUGAAAGCGUCUCCGACUCGUGAAAUAACAUCUUUAUUUUCAUUCAAGUGAUGUUUUUUUAUUCGAUAUAUUUAUUGUUGGAAACACAACUCCAGCUUCAUGGCUACAGUUAAAGAGRGAUUUUUAAUUUGAUUGUUUUUAAGCUAAAUGUGCCUUUUUUAUUAUUAUUWUUUUAGAUGAGAUGUCAUUUUGGGCUGUUUUUGAGGUGGUUGGACAUAAAUUUGAUGCAGAUUUGUAGUUUGGAGCCACAGAUUAGAAAACAAAUAUAAAAACUGAUCAGGGUUUGGAUCACAGCCACUUAAAAACAGUUCUGAAGGCAGCCUCUAGGGGGCACUCAUCCUUCACAGCUUCAACUUCCAGGUUCUCUUUUGAAGGAGGAAUAAAGCGUCUCUCAAACCGAUCCGAGAAAGGGUUUAUUUUGUAUUUUUUGUGAUUCACACAGGAGGCGAAACGAGUUGAAUUUGGUGUUUUUCUAAAAAAUAAACGAUGAAUCUCAGAGCCACACGAUCAAAUCUAAACAUUUCUCUUAAGAUGAGUUCACAAAAAUACGUAGCAUUCGCAAUGAACAGUUCAAAAUGAAUUUUAUUUUACUUUCAGAAGGCAGAGACACAUCUUUGUUUUUGAGAACAAAAUAAAAACAUUUUUUUUCUUUGUCGAGCUGCAUGAUCAAUUUAAAAUUAAAAUAUUAAUUUAACCCUUUUUUUAUUUGUUUUACUUUCAGAACAAACUUGAAUUGGUUUCUUGGACCAUAAAUGACAUUUAUUGUAGUUUUAUGUUUUCUAUGUUUUUAAAAAAGGAACCAAAACAUUUUUUAUUUGGGACCCUGGGUGUAAUUAAGGAGUUUUUAGUUUCUGAAUCUAUAUUUUUGUUGUUGUGGGAAUUUUCCAACUUGUGAUGCUUGAUUUUUUUUUUUUUUUUUUUUUUUUUUUUUUUUUUUUGUCUGUGGGGAGCAGAACAUGCAUUUUUGAACUUUUUAAGACAUGUUAAAAUGAAAUCCAGCCUAAAAUAAUCUGCUGUGCUCAACAGAAAAGCAAAGAAAAGGUUUUAUAUUUUAUUUCCUCUCUUUUAUUUUGCUCCAUUAACUGAACAACUCGAUUAAAAAAACAAAAAGAGGAAGUAAAUAUAAACACUCUUUACCUGUGUUUGRUUUAAAACAGACUAAUUGGGGUUUAAAUCAAUGUAAACAGAUAAAGGUAAAUUGAUUUGGGGUCAGAUGUUGAAAUUAUGCUUUCCAAGAGGUUAAACUUCUUCUUCAUUUAAAUAUAUUUAAAGUCCAACAAAGUGACAAAUCAUCUGCUUUAAGUGUUUUUAAGUUGGCUCAURAUUCCACUUCUGUGCAUCCAAGCUGUUUUAAAUCUGUUAUGAGUUUACAUUUUAUUAUAAAAUUAUAGCUUUUUCUUUUCGAGACUCACAUUUAAGAAAAGUAUUUUUGUACACUACAUUAUUGUUAUCAUUUAUUGCCAUAUUAAGCCUUUUGAGCCACACAGUCUGUACAGUCCUACCUGCACCUGUUGUAUUAAUAAAAAAUGCAUUAUUUUUCA